CACUAGCAACCAGAGAGGCAUGUGGGAGAUUUUGUUGUGGGCGAUUGAGACACCGUCUAGUCUUUCUCCGGAUUAGUUUGAGAGGCAGAACUGCUUCGUGAUAGCGAAUACGCUCACUCACCAUUUCGUCCAACAAAGAGCCCCAGUCACCGGGAAUUUGCCCUGAGGAGAGAACCCGUCGCGCCCGAGGCACUUUUUGCCAUCACUCUCGAUCGCCGGAGAACACAGUGAGAAGAAGAGAUGUCGGGCGGGGGACUGAAUCAGAGGAAACACUGGAGCAUCAAGGCUCACGAGAGCCUCAUCCGCCGUAACGCAGAGGGGAACUUUUGCCUCAACAUCGAGGGCGGCGCGGAGAACGGCCUGAUGCCGUUCAUCGGGGAAAUACGGCAGGAAAGGAUCCAUUACGAGAUAGGGAAGCUGGCUCCUGCCGAGAUCCUGCUGGAAGUCAACGGGAAGAAAGUUACGGGGAUGAUAAAGAAGGACGUUAUUGCGCUCAUCAAGCGCUCGGCCGACCCCGUGUCUCUGGUAACCGUCAAGCAAAAUGCCACCAUAACUCGUGACGUCCGCCAAUACCUGGGCUUCAGAUUCACCAAGAACUCGGUGGACAGCGAGCUCCAACACCAGAUCAGAGAGAACCUCCACAUGAGAGUCGUGCCUUGCACCACUCGCAGCUGUCAGGACGGAGAGAGACAGGGAAUCGACUACAACUUCAUCUCCGUCGAGACCUUCCAGAAGAUGGAGAAGAACGGGGAGCUCCUGGAGUCCGGAACAUUCCAGGGGAAUUUCUACGGAACCCCGCGACCCCCGGCGAAUCCUCAGGCCCCCAGCGGACCCACGUACUCAAGGUCGGACCUGGCCAGUGGGUACAGCAAAGAGGGUCUGAUAAAACACCAGGAAUCCCUAACAACGCCCACCGAGGCCCCUCCCUACCGCCACUCCGGUGCCGUCUCCUCCUUCUCCAUGCCAGACCACCCCAACAAUCUGGGGCCCCUGCCAUCAAACUGGGAGAUUGCCUACACUGCCAACAACGAGAAAUACUUCAUCGACCACAACACGGGCACCACACACUGGCUGGACCCAAGACUCGCCGGACGGAUGAAACAAAACAUUCUGGAGUGCAGCGAAAAUGGAGCUGCCCUAUGGCUGGGAGAAAGUGAAUGACCCUCAAUUCGGCACCUACUACAUCAACCAUGUAGAGAGGACAACACAAUACGAGAACCCAGUCACAGAGGCAAAGAGAAAAUACGCGGGAGCCCAACUCCCUAAUCGCCAGGGGCCUCCCUACAUGGCAAACGAGAGGGGGCUGCCCCCCAUGCGAGCUCCACCUCCGACAUUCCAAUCUGCCGCUGCAAUGGAGAAGCAGCUGGAGGCAGAAGCGGCGGCUCGUUGGCCUGAAGCUGGUCUAGACCACCAAGACAGCGGCGGGUACCCUUACCCUUAUCCCUACGUCGUUCCUCACAACAUGGACCACCAGGAACCCGACUUAGAGGCAGAACUACAAGGUGACACCCUCACCGUCUCCCUCCUCAAGACAACAUCCGGGUUCGGAUUCACGAUAAUCGGAGGGGACAACGCGGGGGAACUCCUGCAAAUCAAGAACAUUGUCCAGGGCAGCAUUGCGGACUGCGAUGGGCGACUGAGGGUGGGCGACGUGCUGGUGAGGAUCAACGGGAUCUCGGUCUUGUCAUACUCACACAAGAAGGUCGUGGAGCUGUUCCAGAGCAUCCCGCUGGACACAGACGUUCAAAUCGAGGUCCGUCGCGGGUACCCUCUCCCCGGCGGAGAAGAACUUCCUCCGUAUGCGCCAGACAUCCCCGCUCGGCAGUAUAACGACGCCGUGCCACCUGGCCCCGCCCACUUCCAGUCACCACCGCCAAUGAUGCAACCGGAAAAGAUGGUUGUGAGCAUCGUGAAGGGACCACUCGGUUUUGGAUUUUCAUUGGGAGAAGGGCCAAUGGGCCCAGUGGUAAAACAGAUCAUGGACCACCCGCGCUGUGCCCAGCUCAGAGAGGGCGACAUCAUCCUCGAGGUGAAUGGGGAGCAGGUGCGGACGUACAUGCACAGUGACCUGGUGACUGUAUUGAAGAGGUGUCCACGGGGGAACCAGGCAACUUUCACCCUUCUCAGACACCCCCAGGAGUAUGGUGACUAUAACGGACAGGAGACCCUCCCGCACUACGCGGGGAGUGCUGACGGGUACACUAUCGACGGAUACGCGGGAGGCCCCUCAAAUCACACGGUGAACGAGCCAUUCACGGUUCAGGAGGUCCGCCUCAUGAGACAAGUGUCGGGAUUUGGGUUCAGAAUCAUCGGCGGCAAAGAGGAAGGCUCUCAGGCGACAGUGGGAGCCAUAGUACCGGGCGGCGCGGCAGACGUGGACGGCAGACUCCAAGUCGGAGAUGAAAUCACCCUCAUCAAUGGUCUCUCGGUAGUGGAUGCACCCCACCAGAACGUCAUCGGCGCCAUGGGAGAGGCUGCAGCACAGGGGGAGGUCGUCCUCAAGAUACGCAGAAAGAUGCCCCUCCCAGAAUCUCUGCCCCCCACUCAUGGGGAAGUGGGUCCAAUGCAGGCGGACGAGGAGCUCCCGCCCCCACCUGGCGUCAGGGAGGUUGAGAUUGACAGACCCAACAUCCAGACCAGUUUCGGAUUCGUCCUACAGUCCAACACACUCCGACCUGGAUGCAUGAUCUGCCGUCUCGUACCGGGGAGUCCAGCCGAAACCUGCGGACUCCUCCACGUGGACGACGAGCUGCUGGCAGUCAACGGUCAAGACGUGUCUCAGAUGGACCACAGUGACAUUGUGUCGCUCAUCAAGAGCUCUGGAAUGUCCAUCCACCUCACAGUUCAGCAGCCUGACCCUGGAGAGAUGGACUACCCUGAUGGACAGCAGAUGGGGAACGGAUGGGACAUCCACCAGGGGCAGGAGGGCUCUGGGUAUCCUCAGCAGCAGCAGCAGCCCUAUCCUGACUACCCCUUGCCUACCGGACCUCCGUCCUCUGUGCCACAGCAUCAGGAAGAGGAUGUGGGCCCUCAAAUCACGGCCGAUAUUGACAGUGAUGAGGAUGAGGAGAUACACCACAUCGACAUACAUCGCGACGGACACGGGUUUGGAUUCAGCAUCCGCGGGGGUGCAGAGUACAACGCUCCGCUGUGUGUCCUGAGAAUGGCCGAAGGUGGAGCUGCCGAGAGAGACGGCCGGCUCAGGGUGGGAGACGAGCUGCUGGAGGUGAACGGUAACUCCACGGAGGGAAUGCUCCAUUCAGACGCCAUCACCAUCAUCAAACACGGAGGAGACGUCGUGAAGCUCAUUGUGAGGAGAGUGGGAGACAGUGGGAUGUCCAACAGUGCAGAUAAGUCAUACAAUCCAGCAGACCUACGGGGGUCAGAGGGUCAGCCACCCUCACCGCGAGGAGCCAGUGCUAACGACCGAUACACACAGGAAUACCUCAAUUCCCUCGCCCGGUCUCGAGGUGGCUACCGCUAGACAUCCCGCGUAGAGGCCAGAACAUUACACACACACACAUACAUACAUACACAACGUCCAAAGCUGAAAACCCCGAGUCCCAGUCUUGCUCCCUGAAACAACGAUAUUAAAAAUGCUAUAUAUGCCACACCGAGAUUACAUAUUUUUGUAACCCUCAUCACCGCGUUAUUAUAAUGUAAUAGAAACGACAUUGAAAACUGUUCCGUUGUGUGAUAACUAAUUAUUAUUGUUGUGUUCUGUUUUUUUUGUUUUUUUAUAGCGUAGAUCAAAAACAUUGUUUGAGAGCCGAAUUCCAUGUAUAUAUACAAGUGAUUAUAUUUUUAUGCAAAACAACAACGAACACCAUUGUUUGCAGUUAACAACAAUAAUAAUGGUGAAUUUGACAAGGUAUCCUACAUGAUACAUGAUACUAUAGUCCCCUAUGGCUACAAUAUUUAUUAACUGUUUUCUGAGAGUUGCUGUUUUCUGUACCGGAGUGUGGUGAAAUGACGUCUCAGUGUCUCCAGUCUGCUUUGCUCCGUCGCCAGCUCAACACACACACCAGUCACUCUGAUGAAGUGUUUCUGCGACUGUCUCAGUGCUUGUGGAACAAGAACGCCAAACCAGUUCAGCGGGUUUUUGACUGCAGCCUUCCCCUCUGACCCCUCUCCACCAUCUCUCCUCCUCUCCACUUCCUCCACCCCCUCCCCACGUGGCUCCGCCUCCCCCGUGUGAGGUCUUCGUCUUCUCACCCCU